UAUCCGCAAUCUUUCCGGAACGUGAUAAAUGACGUAAACUGGUUAACAUUUGCAAUGAACUUGAAAUGAAAUGGAACGUCUUAUAAUCACACAUAAAAGAAUGACCAGUUAUUUCUUGAAGGUUGGCGGGUGUGUUUGUGAUUUUUGCUAAAAUGGCUUCUGUUGCUUUCUUUGAUUUUGAUCGUACAAUAGUUGAUGACGAUUCUGAUGCCACGAUAAUUAAUAAAUUAAGAGAGAAAAAGCCCCCGCCUGACUGGGAGAGCAGUAACCACGACUGGACUCCGUACAUGAGUGAUGUAUUUGAGCACGCAUACUCAGCCGGUCUAAGCGAAGAGGACAUCCUGUCGUGCAUAGCGUCAAUGAAACCGAACCUCGGGGUGCAGCAGUUGAUCAGGACGCUGUCCCAACAGGGCUGGGAGAUUGUGGUCAUCACAGACGCGAAUAGUGUCUUCGUCAAUCAUUGGCUGACGGAGCACGGGUUGUUGCAAUAUAUAACGAAUGUCAUCACAAAUCGUGCGUUCUGGAGGCACAGCCGUCUGUACAUCGAGCCCUAUAUGAAGCAGACGUCCUGCCCCAGGUGCCCUAAGAACCUCUGCAAGAGCGAGGCCCUGAGACGCUGGUGCUCGGAGAGGCCGGCCAGGCGUAUCGUGUAUGUAGGGGACGGGAGAAACGAUUACUGCCCUGCCACGUCGCUGCCCCCACACGCGACAGUGUUCCCCCGCCGCGGCUAUCCACUGGACGAUCUGGUGAAGAAGACGCUCUCGUCUCCCAACCCUCAAGUGAAGGCCAAAGUGAUACCCUGGGACAACUGCUACAGGAUACUCCAGGAACUCUACCCGGACAUUAUGGCGGAUAAUUAGACAUUUCACUUUAGAUACCAAUUUUACUAUAGUCAAUACUAUCUAUAGACGACUACGGGAGGGAGCUAAUUUGAACUAGUGGUCCCGUAGUAGUCGAAAUUCGACCAUAAUUGUUAAUUUCAAUUAUAAUUUUGAACAAUAUCAUGGUUCUAUUGUCAAAGACUAAUAAACUU